AUGUGGCAGCUUUUAGCAUCAGCAUGCUGGAUGCUUCUUCUUGGAGCUGUAUGUGGUUGUGAUAAAAAAAGAAGCACUACAAAUCCUGAAGCUAAUAUGAACAUUAGCCAGAUUAUUUCCUACUGGGGCUAUCCUUAUGAAAAGUAUGAUGUUGUGACUAAAGAUGAUUAUGUGCUUGGAAUUUAUAGGAUUCCUCAUGGAAGAGGAUGCCCAAGCAGAACAGCUCCAAAACCUGUUGUGUAUUUGCAGCAUGGCUUACUUUCUUCUGCCAGUAACUGGAUUUGCAACCUGCCCAACAACAGCUUGGCCUUCCUUCUGGCAGAUAAUGGUUAUGAUGUGUGGAUGGGGAACAGCCGGGGAAACACCUGGUCCAGAAAACACUUGAAAUUUUCACUCAAAUCAGCAGAAUACUGGGCAUUCAGUUUGGAUGAGAUGGCAAAAUAUGACCUUCCAGCCACAAUCGAUUUUAUCACAGAGAAAACCGGACAGGAGCGACUCUUCUAUGUGGGCCACUCUCAAGGCACUACCAUAGCUUUCAUAGCGUUCUCUACAAAUCCAGAGCUAGCUAAGAAGAUCCAGAUAUUUUUUGCAUUGGCUCCAGUCAUCACAGUGAAAUACACUCAAAGUCCCAUGAAAAAAUUAACAACCCUUUCCAGGCAAGUAGUCAAGGUUUUAUUUGGUGACAAGAUGUUCUACCCUCAUACAUUUUUCAACCAAUUUAUCGCCACCAAAAUCUGCAACCAGAAAUUGUUCCAUCGUAUUUGCAGCAACUUCCUGUUUACUGUGAGUGGAUUUGAUCCAAAUAACUUAAACAUGAGUCGCUUGGAUGUUUAUUUGGCACAGAGCCCUGCUGGAACAUCUGUUCAGAAUAUGCUGCACUGGGCCCAGGUUGCUAAUUCUGGUCAAUUCCAAGCUUUUGAUUGGGGAGACCCAAAUCAGAAUAUGAUGCAUUUUAACCAGCUUACACCUCCCUUAUACAACGUGACUAAGAUGGAACUCCCAACAGCAGUAUGGAGUGGUGGACAGGACUGUGUGGCUGAUCCCAAGGACAUUGAGAAUUUACUCCCUAAAAUUUCCAAUCUUAUUUAUUGCAAGAGUAUUCCACACUACAAUCAUGUGGAUUUUUACCUUGGACAGGAUGCACCCCAGGAAAUUUACCAAGAUCUAAUUAGUUUGAUGGAACAAUGUUUGCAAAAUGAAAAUCACAAAGUGAAGGACAAACUUUAA